CACCUACAAAAGCUUGACUUCCUGGAAGAGUUACUCUACAGAUCCACCUUCAUGCAGAGUGAUACAGCUGAACAUACAAUUAUUGGAAGCGAUCGGGUCAUGGGUAUUCGUCAUCUAGACAACUUUUCCACUUCGCCACCUAUACCCUGCUACCAGCUGGAUGUACAUGUCGCACAGAAAACAGGCCAGAAAGAGAUAGCCAUUGUUGGCAGCGGUGGCGCAGGCAUCGCAGCCCUGUGGGCGCUCCACUACCACUCGCCUCAUCGAGUUCAUCUUUACGAAGCAGCCCCUCGACUCGGAGGCCACAUCAACACGGUGCAAUUCAGAAAAGGAAGUGAGAGUGUCAACGUCGAUACAGGGUUCAUCGUCCUCAAUAACUCCACCUACCCCAACUUCCUCAACUUCCUCCGGACUAUCAACGUCCCAACGACGCCCUCCGAGAUGUCCUUCAGCGUGUCUCGAGCUUCUGACUCCGGAACCUUCGAAUGGGCCGGUUCCUCUCUGACGGGCCUCUUCGCCCAGCGCAAGAGCUUCUUCUCUCCAUCCAUGUGGCGGAUGCUGUUCGACAUGGUCCGGUUCAACCACUUCGCGCCGGACCUUCUCCGGCAACCAGACGAGGACAACACAAUCACGAUUGGCGAGUACCUCGAGAAAGAGGGAUACUCGGCCUUCUUCCGCGACAACUACCUGAUCCCAUUGACGGCGUCCACAUGGAGCACCAGCCCGGACAAAUGCAAUCUGCAGUUCCCAGCUGCGACCCUCGUGCGGUUCCUAUACAACCACAACCUCCUUAACACCCUCGGCCCGGGGCUCGAAUGGCUCGGCAUCGCCAACGGCGCAAAGAGCUACAUCGACGCUGUGAUGGCCGACUUUCCCUCCGAGCGGAUCCACCUCAACCAGCGCGUCGUCUCCAUCACCACAGACCCCGACACCAACAAACCCUCAUCCCGCAUCCACCUCACCACUGCCAACGACCGCACCACAACCUACGAUCAUGUCAUCAUCGCCACGCCCGCUCCUCACGCCCUAUCCAUGAUCUCCUCCUUUUCCUCCGCCACCCCCACCGAGAUAUCAAUCCUCUCUUCCUUCCAAACAACCACCAACACCGCCAUCCUCCACUCCGACGCGUCCCUCCUCCCUGUCUCCCCCCGCAUCCAUUCCACAUGGAACUACCUCUCCCACUCCCUCUCCCUCCCCACCGACUCUUUCUCUACCUCUACCUCCACCUCCACCUCUACAGACCAAGUUUGCAUAACCUACAACAUGAACAAAGCCCAAAACUUCCCUCUCUCCAAAUACGGCCCCAUCUUAGUAACCAUGAACCCGGUCUGCAUGCCCGACGCGCACACUAUCCAGGGCGUCUACGAGUACGAACACCCGCUCUUCACCCCCGCGGCCAUCAAGGCGCAGGCCCUGUUGCCGCACAUUCAGGGUACGAGGGGGAUCAGCUAUGUGGGCGCGUGGACGAUGUACGGGUUCCAUGAGGAUGCGUUUACGACUGCGUUUGAGGUUGCGGAGGGGUUGGGCGCGAGGGUGCCAUUUGAGGUUGGUUACUUAUCUACGGCGUAG